CUACGACAGUCUUGUAGAUGGUGACUGUGAUUUGAGCCCUGGUACUUUUCCUUUAGGAAAUUACACUGUGCAGUGCAAUGCUUCAGACUUGGCAGGCAAUACAGGCAAAUGCUCUUUCAAUUUCGCCAUUCUUGAUUUGACUCCUCCAGCAUUGGUAUGCCCAGACGAUAUUACCGUUCCUAAUAAUGUAGGUAAUAAUACAGCAGAGGUGACAUGGAACCUUGCGGUUGCCACUGAUAACUGCUGUGGAGAAAACAUCGAUGUGUUGCCUGAUAUUAUGAAUGGUAGUACUUUUGACACUGGAAUUACUAAUGUUACGCUUACAGCAGUAGACUGCAAUGGAAACCGGAAUGAAUGUGUGUUCAGAAUUGAGGUUAAAGACAGUGAACCACCAGAUCUUGAAUGUCCACCAAGCCAAAAUCUUGUAGGUGAUAAUGAUUGUAUGGUAUCGCCCACUUGGACACAACCUACUGUUACGGACAACUCUGGGGAGAUUAUUCUACCAGUAUGUGACUAUAGAAAUGGGAGCACAUUUUCUGAAAUGAACACUACUGUAACAUGUAAUGCUACUGAUGAUUACGGCAACAUUGGGUACUGUACAUUCAACAUUAUCAUCAUAGAUGAGGUUGCUCCUAUACUGGAUUGUCCAGAUGACGUCAUGAUGUGCACUGACUCUGGCGUAGCUUCAAUGAAUGCCUAUUGGUAUCCAGCUAAUGCAACUGACACCUGUUGUUGUGAUACUGAGGCAAAUGCUAACUACACAAGUGGAGAUGAAUUUACAGUCGGCGAUACCAUCGUAGGAUAUUCAGCAACCGAUUGUAAUGGGAACACUGGAUAUUGUCAGUUCGUUGUUACAGUAACUGGUAGGGAUAUGUUUAAAGAAUUGAAAACAAAUUGAUAGAUAAUGUAUAAAAAAGGUGUCAUUAGCAGGAUUCGAAUUUGCAGCCUCUCGCUAUGAAGGCGGGUAUCAUACCAUUAGAACAGAAAGACCAAAAGCAGGGCACCUUCAAUUCAACUGACUCACACACCGUGUAGCUGUGGUUAUAGAUUAGCUUAUAGGCUGCAGCUAGGAAAAUAAAUAAUAGUUAGCUGCGUGACAAUCGUGAACACAAA